AUGUCUGGCAAGCGAGACAUCUACUUGGUUAUCGGCGGCAGCGGCUUCCUUGGACGGCACGUCGUAGAGGCCCUCCUCGCUCGCGGGGACUCUGUGUCGGUGUUCGACAUCGUUCAGCGUCACCACGACGUGCCGUUCUACUCGGGCGACAUCAGCGAGGAGGAGCAGGUCUCGGACGCGUUGCGCAAGAGCGGCGCGACAUGCAUCAUCCAUACGGCGUCACCUCUUCAUGGCCUUGACGACCCUGCGCUCUACUGGAAGGUUAAUGUUGACGGUACCCAAGCUGUCAUCAAUGCCGCGGUGGCGAACGGCGUGCCCAAGCUCGUGUACACAAGCUCUGCUGGCGUGGUCUUCGACGGCAGUGAUUUGAUCGACGUCGACGAGAGGAUACCCGGGCCCGAGAAGGCGAUGGAUCCCUAUAACGAGUCCAAGGCGAAGGCGGAGGAGAUUGUGCUGGCGGCCAACGGCAAGGGCGGUCUCUACACCGUCGCGCUACGGCCAGCGGGCAUCUUCGGGCCCGGUGACCGGCAAAUGAUUGCGGGUCUAUUCCAGGUUUGGCAGCGCGGCCAAUCGCACAUCCAAUUGGGCGACAACACGAACCUUUUCGACUGGACGUACGUUGGCAACUGCGCAUACGCUCACCUCCUCGCCGCCGACAGGCUCAUCCCCACCUCUGAGAAAGAUGCUCUCCGCGUCAAGGACGAACUCGACAUCGCGCUGCCCCCUAUCAGCGCCACCCUCCCGCGACGGCGGGUGCCUACCUCUCUCGCCCGUCCGCUCGGCCCGUACGUUGACCCGCCCCCGAACGCCGAGCAGAUCAAGGCGAACUGGGAAAACCCGGACUACAAGGCCCCAGUACCCCGCCCUGCCAUCCGGGGCAAGUUUGAUCAGUUCUCUGAGGCCGCGCUCGCGCGGGAGACGGUGUCCCCGCUGCAAGUCGCCGGGCAGGUUUUCUUUAUCACGAACGGCGAGCCGACGGGCUUUUGGGACCUGCCCCGGCUGGUGUACGGCUUCUUUGACAACCACUUCCAGCAGCCGAAUAACAAACGGAGAUGGAUCCUGCCCCAGCAGCUCGGGUUCAUCCUUGCGAGCGCGGCGGAGUGGUGGGCAUGGAUGGUCGGGAAGGAGCCGGGCUUUACGCGGUACCGUGUCACAUACUCAUGCGCAUGGCGUUGCUUCAACAUCGAUAGGGCACGGAGGGUGCUAGGUUACGAGCCGCAAGUGGGGCUCGAGGAGGGGAUCAAGAGGACCUUCGAGUGGUGGGUAGCCGAACGACAGAAGGCCGGGAAGGCCCAAUAA